AUGGAUGUGGAAGAAUUGUUAGUCAUGGGAGAUUCAUAUUUGAUCAUUCGGCAAGCCACAGGUGAAUGGGAAAUUCGAGAUAUCAAGCUUAUCCCAUAUAGGCAACAUGUGGAAUAUCUUAGCAAAAGAUUCAAGUCCGUCGAGUUCAGGUAUUAUCCUCGAGUCCACUACGAGUUAGCUGAUGCAUUAGCUACUUUGGCCUCAAUGCUGCCGUAUCCGGGCAAUGUCCAUAUUAACCCGCUGGAAAUACAAAUUCAAGAAAGGCAUGAUUAUUGUAAUACAAUUGAAAUAGAACCAGAUGUUCAACCAUG